UUUAUAAGUCAGAAAGUGAAAGGAGCGUUUUAUUUAUUUGAAUUCAUAGUUGUAAACAAAACUUGCACAUUUGUCAGGGAUAAGCAGCUCUUUAUUUGCUCGUGCAUCUUGUGCAUUGCAGGAAAAGGGUUUCUAUCCAUGUAUGUAUCCAUAAUAACAGAAUCAAACUUUUAUGGCGAAAGGUUAGGAAUGCUCCUGUUACAUAUCAGUCACUACAGCACUGUACUGUUCAAGGAACUUGAACUCGAGGGAAUGUAAAGCGCUGACGGUGAACGGAAUGUUUGUUUUUUGGUUUCUAAGGGGUGGAGCGAGUCUGCUCCUCGCUUCUCCACUUCUCCACUUCUCCAUGUGUGUUUUCCCUGCAGCUCAUUCCUCAUCCUCCCUGCUGACGUCUGACUUCCGCAUUCCUCGCUCUUCCCGAUCAGGGAUCAGCUCGAGACUCGAGCUGAUGCAACGAUUCCCGCUCUUCAAGAUCUACUCGCGACCUCCGGCUGACGUCACAAAGGGACUCCACUCGCUCACCUCGAGACCAAAGUCAGCUGUGGUCACGGGUGUUUGUGACAUGAUGCCGGGACAGAUACCGGACCCCUCGGUGACUGCGGGCUCACUGCCCAGUCUGGGCCCUCUAGCGGGCCUUUCUGCCACCACACUGACUGAACACCUGAAGUACGCCGACCUCUGCAACCUUGGGGCCAUGUUGUCCCCUUUACAUCUACUGGGGAAGCUGGGCAAGCGGCCGCUCCCUAUUAAAGCCGAGAAAGAUGAAGAGGAAGAGCGGAGGAAAAGAAGGCGGGAGAAAAACAAAGUGGCGGCAGCAAGAUGUCGAAACAAAAAGAAAGAAAGAACAGAGUAUCUACAAAGGUUUUGUAUCAACAGAUAGCACGAGUGUAUUGAUGUGCCUUCAACUCUUCCACUGAGAAUCUGAGCGUCUAGAGAUGAUGAACUCGGAGCUGAAAGCACAGAUCGAGGAGCUAAAGCACGAACGACAGCAGCUCAUACUGAUGCUCAAUCGCCAUCGGCCCACCUGCAUCGUGAGUACAGACAGCAUCAAGACGCCUGAGAAAGAGGCCAACCCUCUCCUGGAGCAGGUGGAGGCCAAAUGAGAAGGAACCACACAUUUCCAUGUUACUGUUUACAGGUCAGCUCGUCUCCAGCUAGCUGAAGCACUUGGCUCGAAGCACUUGGACAUUUUAGGGAAGAGAGAAUAGUGGCUCUGACCUGCAAGGUUGGAGUUUUGAGGCUAAACGAAGCAAGAAGAAACACACACAGAUGGCCUCAUUACAAAACUUUUGUGGGAUAGUUUUUUUCCUGUAAAAGUUUUUUUUUUUUUUGUGGUCAUAAAGUGCCUUAUUUUAGUCCAUUUAGUUUUUUGGAAAGAAUUGUGUAUAUGUUGUUCUGAAUGGAUGAAAACACUCAUUGAAUGGUUGGACAUGCAUGUUAACUGGAUGAUUCUUCAUGGACUGUCUCAACAUUUAUUCACCAUUUGCUGCCUUCAGUUGGGUUUUUUUUUUCUCUGACGCAGGCGUCAUCUAUGCACAUAUGUAUGAACUGUUUACAUCUUGCCAAUUUAUUAUAGUUAUGUAGUAUAUAAAUAUAUAUAUGAUUUUUAUACUUCCUGUACAUGGACUUAUCACUAGAUGUGAUACAUUUUAUGCAACAAUUUCAUAACCUCUAUUUCUGUGAUUUAUUCAAUUUGUUGUAUAGCUGUGAAAACUGUAAACAAUUAUUAAACAAAUUAUUUCCAAAGUUAUUUUGCAUUAC